UCUGUCAAAAAGAUACCAACAGCUCGGGUGGAGCGGUAUAAGAUAGCUACUUUUUGUCAUGGCGACAGUUAACUCCUCGACAAACCUAACAGACGCGCGAUCAGAGUAUUAUGCACAACUACUACCGAUUGCGGGGUUGAUUGCCUUCGUUAAUGGAGUUGUAUUUGUACUUUUCGCUAAAGACAAACAUCUAAGAACACCAGCCAAUUAUUUGUUGUUCAGUCUGGCAGUGUGCGACUUUAUGACUGGGCUCAUCAAUCUUCCUCUGACCAUUAUUGUGUUUACAAGAGUACUUGCCCCUCAACCUGCUGCUAUCGUGAUAGCUUUCCUGCCUAUUACGUGGUUUUAUAGGUUCAUUUGCUAUCAAGAGGACGUUUCAGCUGCGACCCUACAGAUACAAACGGGUCAUAAUAUAUUCAGUAUGGUUAUCGUGUUUCUUUUGCCAUAUACCGUAAUGGUAUAUUUCCAAGUUAUCAUGUUCAGAAAAAUUCAGAGAAGGUCCUUCAAGUCUGGAAAACGAGAGAGAUUAAGCUGCAGUGCAGUAAACCGAAAAGUUAAAAACACUAAACGAAGUCUGAUCAUUUUCGCCCUUAUGGCUUUUUUUUAUGCUAUUUGUUGGUUUCCCUGGUAUUUGGUCAGCCUCUUCAUCAAUCUCUGGUUUCGUCUUAGUUACGAAGCACAAAAUGUUCUGUGGAAGUUUGCUCAUGCAUUUGUCAUAAUGAGGUAUUUAGCCUCCAUUGUCAAUCCGGCACUUUACACAUUUCUUAAAAGGGACUUCUUCGAGUCUUUCAAGACUAUCGUUCUAAGACGUACAUCAAAAAAGAGAAACAACAGUCAAGCAACAAGUUUGAUAACGGAACGCAGAGUUAACAGUGAAUAUGCACCAGGCCCGUUAAAAGUGGAGGAUGAACAAACAGUGUAGUAUCUUUGUGGAGUU